AUGGUGGUGUUUUUCGAAGGAGAUGAAGUCAAAGUAUGCAGCAAGGUAGAAGGGUUCUUACUCUUAGGUUCUUACUACGAAGCAAAGAUCUUACCCCCAUACAAGAACAUAGUUGAAGAAGAAGACCAGACUUCACCUCUGGUUGAGAUAGUUUCAACCGACGAGGUCCGACCAAUGCCACCUCCGGCAACAAUCACAAGAGCUACUCAGGUUUUCCAUUAUUUGGACAGGGUGGAUGCUUUUGACAACGAUGGUUGGUGGGUAGGGAUAUUGUUUUUAUUAUUGUAG